GCCCUCUCAUAUCUGGGGACGUCUCCAACAAUUUAAGGGGUGUGGGAAGCUGAGGAGUGGAAAAUUUGCCCCAAACCUGAACUCCUCCUACUCAUCCCCCUCCACCUCCUCCCAAAAUGACUGUGGUAGCAGGAGAUAACAUGGACGAUACCUCGGCUGUCCCGGGCCACCCUCAGGACACCUACCCCCCAGACCACAAUGACCAUGAAUGCUGCGAGAGGGUGGUCAUCAACAUAGCCGGUCUUCGGUUUGAGACACAGUUGAAAACUCUCUCCCAGUUUCCAGAGACGUUGCUUGGCAACCCGAAAAAGCGGAUGCGGUACUUUGACCCUCUGAGAAAUGAGUACUUCUUCGACAGAAACCGCCCCAGCUUUGAUGCCAUCCUCUAUUACUAUCAGUCUGGCGGUCGGCUGAGAAGACCAGUGAAUGUCCCUUUGGAUAUGUUCUCAGAAGAAAUCAAAUUUUACGAGCUGGGAGUGGAUGCGAUGGAGAAGUUUCGUGAGGACGAGGGUUUCAUCAGGGAGGAAGAGCGUCCUUUACCUGAGAAGGAGUUCCAGCGUCAGAUUUGGCUUCUCUUCGAGCACCCGGAAAGCUCAGGCCCUGCGAGAGGGAUUGCCAUAGUGUCUGUGAUGGUAAUCCUGAUUUCAAUAGUCAUAUUUUGUUUAGAGACUUUACCACAGCUGAAAGAAGACCCAAGGGGUCGAAUGAUAGCAGUUGGGAACACUACUGUUUAUUAUAAGCCAAAUAUCCUCACUGACCCCUUCUUUCUUAUUGAGACACUCUGUAUAAUCUGGUUCUCCUUUGAGUUGAUUGUGCGCUUUCUGGCGUGCCCCAGCAAACCGGCCUUCUUCAAGAACAUGAUGAACAUGAUCGACAUAGUGGCUAUCAUCCCUUACUUCAUUACACUCGGCACCGAGCUGGCCGAAGACCCAGAAAAAGAAGGGGUGGGGGAGCAGGCAACAUCUUUGGCCAUACUCAGGGUGAUUCGUCUGGUCAGGGUGUUUAGGAUCUUCAAGUUGUCCCGACACUCCAAAGGACUGCAGAUUUUGGGGCAGACUCUCAAGGCCAGCAUGCGAGAGCUCGGAUUGCUGAUCUUCUUUCUGUUCAUUGGAGUCAUCUUGUUCUCCAGCGCUGUCUACUUUGCUGAGGCAGAGGAGGAAGGAUCCUGCUUUGGCAGCAUCCCGGAUGCAUUUUGGUGGGCUGUUGUGUCUAUGACAACUGUGGGCUAUGGGGACAUGGUCCCCAUCAGUAUAGGAGGCAAGAUUGUCGGAUCUCUGUGCGCCAUCGCUGGAGUGUUGACAAUUGCGCUCCCUGUGCCUGUCAUUGUGUCCAACUUCAACUACUUCUACCACAGGGAGACCGAGGGAGAAGAACAGGCCCAGCUGCUCAACGUCAGCAAUCCCAACAUCCCCUCUGAAACCAACUCCAGCCGCCGUAGUUCAUCCACCGUCAGCAAGUCAGAGUACAUGGAGAUUGAUGGAGACAUAAACAAUAGCAUCGACAACUUUAGGGAGGCAAACCUCAGAACUGGCAAUUGCACUAUAGCCAACCAAAACUGUGUAAAUAAAAGCAAGCUGCUUACAGAUGUUUAAACACUAGUUAGUAACUUUGGAAUCUCUAUGGGACUGUCAUAUGUGGAGUAGACCAUCAGUUAGGAAUGUUUCAUUUACCUCCCCAAAGCACUCUAUGGCAUUAGGCCUACAACUAUGCUCAGCUUUAUAGAAAGGAAACAGAAAAAUCUAAGCUCUUAGAGUAUAUGACAGGUAGAUAGAAUAAUUAAUUCUUCUGAUCCUACAAAUAUAAAGGUACAUCAAAAAGAAAACAUCAACUAUUACGCAUAUACACGGCUCCCUGGAGGACGCAGAGCACACACUGUCCUAUCAGAUGACGGUGUGAUAUUAAAAUCUUAUGCAUGGAGUACAGAUAACAUUUCAGCAAGUUGCACAAUGCACCAGAAAAGUCUGCAGAGACAUGCAAGCACCUGCAGCCAAGUGGUAAGCACCAAGAUGUUAGGUGACCCCUGCUCCCUCCUCCUCGCUCCUCUCUCCUCUCUCCCUACAAAUGAGAUCUACUAUUGAGCAAAGCACCUUAUGGGAGGAAGACUGAUCUCUCUUGUUUGGAUGUAAACAGAUGGUGAUCUACUCGCUUUACGGACAUCCGCAAUGCUGCUGUUUUCCAGCAGAUGCUGUAAUUAUGAUAUCACCAAGUGAUUCAAUGCCAUGCCCUUUAGAUGCAACACAGCACAAUGUUAAAGUGAGCUUCACAUGAGCAUGAUUAGAGACUUUCCAUUUUGAUAUCAGCAUGCACAAGACAUAUCUCACAUAAUGGAAAGGAUGUUCUUUCAGAUACCUGGCUCCAUCCCCCUCUUCUCAUCUGUUUUCAUACGAGUGCACUGGAUGAGUUUUUAAUUUGAAAUGCUAAUAAUUUAGAAGUAUAGAAAUUGAAUGUUCAAUCUUAAGGGAACAGUACAUAAAUGAGAUCUUAGCAUGAAAAAAGUUACCUGCAUUAUGGUCUAUCAACUAAGGUACUUUUGUAACCUGGUAUAUUUAAUGCAUGACAUGAGUAUUCAGCUUGUUGCAAUUCAGGCACUCUGCAGUGCCCUAUUGUCAGGGAAGCUAAGGAAAUGAAAUUCUGGAUGUUUCCAAAAUGCGAUCAAAUAUAUCCAAACCCACCUCGAGGAUGCAGAGUUUCUAAUUUGCAAGUAGUCAAAGAUACCAAAUAAAUAUUAUCAAAAAUGCAUAUAAUUAUAAUAAGCACCAAUUACAGUAUUACAUCAAUAGUGCAGUGCAUGGACCUUCUUUUAACAAGAAAAGUUAACAUAUCAUUAGUCAUGCUUCCAUUUCCACGUCACAUUUGAGAACAUAUUGGUUUGGAAUCCAGUAAAAAAAAGGGAUCAAUACCAAAUUUCACUUCAUAUUACAGAGAAUUAUUCAGACAUUAGUUGCUAGUGCCUUUAUCCCUUUCACCAACAGGACCAGUGAAAGUGCCUCUGUGCACAGUGGGAUUUGUGAGGUUGAGCAGAGAUGAUUUACCUUGUGUUCUAGUGUUGAUACACUGUUGGUCAUGAUGUUAAUGAUGCCAGAUGAACAAGAUGAACAGAUGAACAAGGUUAAAACAGCAGGUGAUUGUGGUCAAAAAACAAACAAAAGAUGAUCCAUGGCUGUUAUGCACAACCCAGUUUUCAUGCUGUCAUGCACUUAAUUAUGCCCUUAAGCAGCAAUGUAUUGUACUCUGCAUGUUUACCAAUCCAAUUCAAAAGGGAAUAUCCAUAGGUUUUAAACAUAUUGUAUUUAUGUCUAUUGUUUUUGUUUGUGCACCAUGCAUCCUUUCAGGGUCUCUACCUCAGUGAGGUCAUUGCAAACUUGCUGCAGAGCUGCAAGCUUCAAUGCAGGGCUUCCUAUACCAUAAUGCAAAAUGGAACCUUAAGUGUAAACUGCAGUCAUGCAACAUUGAAUGUGAGAGUCCCAAAGUAUAGCCUUUACACAAGCACUUAGGACAAAUAGUGUACCACUAACGCCGCUCCUUUUGUUCACUUAAAGCUACGCACAAUCAGAACAUUUAUUUGUAGAGAUUGCUUGACUCUCCUAACGGGAUGAGAUUGACUGUUUUAUAUGUUGGUUUCUUUGAAACAAUGGUAUCUAAAGUUACUGUUGUGCCGCUUGAAUGUGUUUCAACACACACACACACACACACACACACACACACACACACACACACACACACAGACACACACGUUUGGUGUAAACGUUUGUUAUAGUUUUUAAAUCCGUCAUCCUGAUAUCUUUGGGCAUUAUGAUGCACAGCAAAGUGCAGCCUGUUUUUUUGCACAAUCAUUUUGUUCUGUUGCUUGAAAAAUUUUUUUGAUAGUGAGAUUCUUUUUCUUCUUUUUUACCCUUGAUCAUACGUAGUGUAAUGUUUCUUUGGCAUAUUGUUCCAGACAGACUAACAGCAGAUUGGACAAAUUGCAAUGACUACUCCAGCUACUGGACAUCAAUACAAUUAGUAUUGAGAUGAAAUCACCCAAAUAAUAGUACGAUUUUGUAAUGCGCUUUUUAUUUUUUUUAUUUUUUAUUUAGCACUCUCCUGACAAGGUCCUGUAAAAAAGAAGCUACACUGCAGUGCUACUUGAAUGUCAUAUAGUUGUUUCUGUUGGUGCAAGGCUAUCCUUUGUGGUGCUAGUACAGGAGUACCAUUGUUGUCUUGUUACCAUCACAUGCUAUUUUGGACAAGAAUUUUUUCAUUCUCUAAUUCUUGUUACUGUUUUGUUAUAGGUGGCUGGUUGGUUAGUUUAGGGCACUAUCUGUCAUUUUAUUUGGAUGAUCUUUGUACUGUACCACUGAAGAGUGUCUGCCUCAGGCGAGGUAAAAAUUCAAGAGCCUUGCUAGAUGUCAGUAACUUCUCAUGAGAGCAAAAAAGAUACACAUUUGUGUCAGGGAUCUUCAAUUAGGGUUUCUCAUACAGAAGGACAUCAAUAAUACCCAAUACCAUAUAUUAUAACGCUAUAUAUAAAUACAAGGAAAUUCUAGUAGUCUCAUUAAUGCAGCUAUCAGGAAAUUGUUCGCUUUGUUAAUGAGUUUCUUGUACGACUGAUGCUUGAAAGUAGUGGUGUGUGUAACAUGUCCUGCAGGACACAGCUGUAAGUGAGGUGAAGAAAAUUAUAUUAAAUGAUACUCCUCACAUUAGCAGUGCUGCGAGGCCAUGUUUGGACGGUGCUAUGCAUUCAGUUACCCAACAGAACCCAAUGGAAAAAUGCAUUCUUAACAGCAAUAGAAAGACAGAUAACCUGUUUCUUAAAUGCUUUUUGUAAAAAAUAGGAAAAUAAAUCUAUUUUGAAUGUCAGAGAAACUGCGAUCACUUGACAGAUAACUCGCAACAGGGCUGUUUAUGUACCAAUCUCUUACCCUCUGUUCUGUGAUUUUGUAAGGUCAGUAGAGUCAAAUGUAGAGGCUGACAUUUUAUUGAAAGAAACCUGUGAAAAGUCCAAAUAUAGGCUUUGCAAUAGUGGCAGUCCCCAUUUACCACCCAGGUCAGACUGGAGUUGUUUUGCAGUCAGGAUCAUAGCAUGCUGAAGGGUUCUGUCGGAACCUAUAACACAGUCCCAAAGGAACAGCCCAUAAUAUAUAACAUAAUGCACUUAGAAAGGAUCUAUGGCUCUAUCGUCAGUUCACUGGACUGAUCAGCUGUGUGAGAGAAAGCCAGAGAAGGUGCCUACAUUUUUUUUUUACACAUUAGUUUGUUUAGCUUACUGUUAGAUGUUAAUGCUUCUGCAAACAAACACAAGUGAGAAGAUCUAAAAAAAAAAAAGACGACAUUAACAUAAUUAAACUGUAAGAAAAAACAUGAAAUGUCAUGAGAACAAAAUGCAAUUUAGCUACAAUAAGAGAGAAAAAGUAACCACUAUAUACUGCAAUUACGCAUGAUUAUUUUUUAAUAAUGUGUUUUUAUUUUCCUUUUUUUUGGUGGCACUGUAACAUGACUGAUUUAGGUAGAACAUGCCAUAUACUGAAAUAUCAAAGACAAUAUGUUCCUCUGGCAAGCCAUGAUAAGGAAACUACUGUAUUAUGAUCAAUUGCUAUAAAUGAAUUGAUAUGGACAAGUGUACUAUUAUGAAAAAACCCAGUGUGGUUUCUCUUUUUGGUUUUAGGUAAAAAAAAAACAGGAUUCAUUCAAACACCAUGUUCACAUUCUUCCAAUCUACAAUGCUACAAUGUAUCUCUACAGAAACCUACUAAUCGCAAAAAACUGCAUGGUCGAUGGAAGACUGCAUGAGUUUUGCCUUUCAAACUAUGGAUCAACUAUAAUACAGUUGCAUCAUUUAAAAAAAGAAACCCUUGCUUUCAUCUGCACCAAGGCUUCCUGUAAGGCCCUGUUCAGAAGUUGUUGUGAAACGUGUCCUCUGCUGGAUUUCUCAAAAAGCACCUUAGCGCUGACCUCAUCACUAAGACAGCGUUGGGUAUCCGAGCCGUGCUCAGCGUGUUUGUGAUUUUCAGGUUGUGCUCCGCUAGGCUCUGAAUGUGAGGUCAGGCAUUAAGGGCUAGUUUCUCAAACUUUAUCUCUAUUCUAGGACUGAAACGCUUUUUCAAGUGACAUUUAUCCCAUUGUUAUCUCAGUCUAGACUGUAGUGAUACUGUGUUUUUGGAAACGUGCCCAUCAUGUUUAAACAGGGCCUGUGCCACACCCCCUCCUCUGUACUACAUUGGUUUUAAGGCAUUCUUGUUUGCUAAAGGUGUUGAUGUUGGACUGCUUUGUGCCUGCUGAUGAGGCACUUAACAGGAUCAAAUGUUGGAAAGUUGUGUACCUCACUCGCCAAAGGUGAUUAUUGAUGAGAAGAUCUUGUUUGUGUUAGAAGUGUGAUGGCUAUGAGUUUGUCUUUCCUGUCAAGAAUGCACACUUAAUCGCUUGUAGGGAAGCAUUGGAGCAAAGCGCAAAAAGGACUUGAAUUAUUCUGCUCUUGUUUUCAUCCACAAGCAAACCAAACUCUGAUUGUGUUAUCUAAUCUAGCCUUCAUUGUCAUGUUGUGUUUACCAAGGAUUAUGCUACAAUGUGUUCAGUAUGUCAGAUGAUGACAAAGGCAUGGUCUGUGAUCUAUGCAAGGGUUAUUUGUUUUUGUUUUUUCUUAUAUCACUUAUGAUUUCAUCUUACAUUAACUUCAAUAAAUUUUUAAGGAUC